CCUCCCCUCACAUGACCGACGUCGACGCUCUUGCCGCGCCCGCCUGCCCCUCGGAAGAGCCCCUCGGCCGGCAGCAUGGCACCGCCGCGCCGCACCGCCGGCCUCGCGCUGCUGCUGUUCCUCGGCGCCUGCGGCUUUUUCCAGUCCUAUGCAGUGGAAGUAGAUGUAAAGGAUGCCUCUAAUGUUACAUGCUUGUACGCACAAUGGAUGAUGAAAUUCUUGAUAAAAUAUGAGACAAACAGUAGUGAUUAUAAAAAUGCAAGCUUGGAUUUGACAUCCGCUGUGACACACAAUGGAAGCACCUGUGGCAGUGACACACAAGCUGCGCUUCUGGCAGUGCAGUUUGGAGAUGGUCACUCUUGGAGUGUUAACUUCACAAAAAGCAACGAAACUUACCAGGCUGAGUUCAUCACAUUUACCUACAACACCAAUGAUACUGCUGUCUUUCCUGAUGCUAGAAGACAAGGACCAGUUACAAUUGCUGUAAAGGAUGCUGUGCAUCCAAUUCAACUGAAUAAUGUCUUUGUGUGUCACCAUACUACCUCUUUUGAAGCAGAAAACGUAACACAGAUUUUCUGGAAUGUUACUAUGCAGCCUUUUGUUCAGAAUGGCACAAUUGGUAAAAAAGAGUCUAGGUGUCGUGCUGAUACACCUACUGCUGCGCCUACUGUUCUGCCUACUGCUGCCAAUGUAACUACUGCAUCUACCACCAUUUCACCUGCUCCAACCUCCGCUCCCAAACCUGCUGGGAAUCCAGUCACAGGAAACUAUUCUCUUAAAACUGGAAAUAAAACUUGUCUUCUGGCUACUGUGGGGCUGCAGCUGAAUGUUUCCCAAGACAAGCCUCUCCUGAUCAACAUCGAUCCGAAAUCAACUCGUGCAGAUGGGACAUGUGGUAACACAUCAGCUACUCUGAAAUUGAAUGAUGGAAAUAGGACAUUAAUUGACUUCAUGUUCGUUGUCAAUGCAAGUGCAAGUGUACAAAAAUUUUAUCUGAAAGAGGUGAACGUUACACUACUCAACCAUCAGAAUGGCUCUGUCAUUUUAAGUGCAGAUAACAACAACUUCAGCAAAUGGGAUGCUUCCCUUGGUAAUUCUUACAUGUGCCGUAAGGAGCAAACUCUUGAGAUUAAUGAAGGUCUUCAAGUGCAUACUUUUAACCUAUGGGUUCAACCAUUCCUUGUGAAAGAAAACAAAUUCUCAAUAGCUGAAGAAUGCUUUGCUGAUUCUGACCUCAACUUUCUUAUUCCAAUCGCAGUUGGCAUGGCACUUGGCUUCCUUAUCAUUCUUGUCUUUAUAUCUUACAUCAUCGGAAGAAGAAAAAGUCGUACUGGCUAUCAGUCUGUAUAAUUUCUGAAUUAUUUCUCUGCUGCCGCCCCUGUGCUCUUCUCCUCACCUGUCCCUUUAAAAACAAACAAAACGUUCUUAGGUUUUUUUAUUCAAAAUUAAAAAACACAUCACAACAAAAUAAUACAGCAUGAGAUGAAUUGGAAAUUUACUUGAAGCUGCUGUGUGGUUUUUGGAGAAAGUGUUCUGAGGACCAUGGAAGUGAGCAGGGUUACGUGUGUCCACGUGAGAGAUGUGAUUGACUACAGAUGACACUGAGACCUUCCUUUUGUUGUUCAGUCCUUUUAUAUGAAAAAAUUUCUAGUUGUGUACAGCCAUCAGAUAUUGAUAAAACCACAUGAUAAAUGCUGCACUGGUGUGGGAAAAUGAAAACAAAGCUCAUGGUGCUUCUGUCUGGAACCUGGCUUGUGGCUGUUUGUCUUCUUUCAUCGUUUAGCAGCUUGUUCCUGUGAACCGGUCUGAAUUCCCUCCUUCUGAAUGUAAAGAGAGUACCUCACUAAUAAAUCAACCUACUAUGAGGAGAACGUUUACUCUUCUAGUAAAUUCAUGUGUUAAAGAUGAGCAUGGAGAGGCUGACUGCUAGUGUGUUUGCAAUUGCUUUGCACUAGCAUGCCUGUAACUCCCCUGUAAGAUGAGACUCAGUCCUGGAGAGUUCUCACUGCUCAGGAAAGCCAGUGGUCCACCAAAGCUCACAUUUUGUGUUGCUUUCUUUGGCCUUCUUCUCCUUUUUGUUCUGAAUUCAAUUGUGGAACGAGGAUGGGAGGGUGGAACCUCACUGGCAGCAGGUUGCCUGAGCUCUGGUCUGUGCUAAAAGGGACUUGUGAGCAGAGCAGGCAGCACCGGUCCCCAGCGUGAGGCUUGGAUGUUCUGAGGAUGAGGAGUGCGUUGUGCUGAGAUCCUUGCAGUUUCACUGGCAAAAAGGGGAUCGCUGAAAAGCUGCAGUCUAGGAAUUUAUUUAUAGGAUUAAUCUGGCUUUAACCUCCUAAUUAUUACUCUCCCAAACAAAAUUUUGAACAGGGUAAGAGCACAAGAUCUCUGGUAUGAGGAAUGGUGAGCGUGAAGCAGAAACUCUACAGUAAAGAAAGUGACUUGUAAAGGAAAAGAGCACCUGACUUGUGCAAAGCUGCUUUUCCUGUUCUUUUUUUUCCAGUUCUGUGUUCCAUACCAGAACUGUACUAAAAGAGAAGCUCGUGGUCUGUGGCUGAGUGCUGCUUUGCUCCCACUGGUGUGUGUUGGUCAGACAGAGGUGGCUCUUGGAGCUGCCUGGAGUUACCAGGGAUGGGCCCCUCUGCUCUGCUGCAGCAAGUGCAUUCCAGCUGCAGCUCUGUGCCCAGGUUGUAGACCAAACUGUCUCUCACCACUUCAGCAUCACUUGCUGCAUUAUUUUGCUAAAAUACGGCGAUUUCCUGGAUGUACAAGCAUUUUAUACAUAUAUAUGUGUGUAGAAAGGACUGAUCUGGACUUCAGUAGAGGUCAGAAACGGAGCCGGCACUUUAAGGCUGUAGCAUGAAGAAUGAUGUAUACAAUUCUCCAGGUGUUGGAAUGGACCUGUGAGUGCAGAACGUGUAUGGAGAACAAGCUGAACUCUGAUGGUGGUGCAGUUUUGCUUUAGCAUAAGCAGGCGUGCAUUUCCCAGGGCUCCUCAGCAGCCCUGUGGGUUGGCCUGAAGCAAUGGGGGAUGUUUCCCUUUGGGAUCCAACAGAAGGAAGAGUGCUUUAACAAACCUACCAGUGAUACCUAUGGCUGUAACUUAUUUCUGAUGCCAAAAGCAGCGCCACUGCAGUGUCUGUCAGCAGAAGCCAUUCUCUGGUUAAUAUUUUGGAUGGUUUUUAAGAAACAGCUGUUGCUGGAUGGUCGGCUGUGAUACCAUAGCAUGAGACUUCUCUGCACUGAGCUUCCAAGCUCUGUGGUUCUGGGAGCUUACUGCAGCUCAGGAUUCACUGCUCGCUGUACUUGCAGCUGUGAAGGUUGGUCCCCUGUGAGCAGAGAAGGGGCUGAAGUCACAAAUCCCGCUCGGGUUUUAAGAAUGAUACCAUAGAGUUAAUUAGACGGUAGUCACUUUAUUUUUAAUAAAUACAAAAAAGGGCUUCUUAGAGACUUACAGAGAUCAGCAGUGAUGGCAGAUUAAGUAUCUGGACGAGGAUGUAGGGCAAACAUACCACAAUGCUCUCGUUCAGUCAGUAGUUUUACUAAGUGUGCUUUCCUAAGUGCAUGGUCCUAAGGUGUCCUGUCCUGAUUGUAACUGAGAGGAGAAAUACGCCCUCUGUAUGUUAAAUAUGAAGGCCAGUAUAAUAAAAGAUCUCAUUUUCCAAAUAAUCAAAACUAAAGUGAGUGCCUGUAGAAACAAAGUGUUUGCCUAGAUGCUGAAAUCACCGCUGUGCCUUGCUGUCCUAGGGAACAAAGAUAGCAAUCAACGUGAUCAUCAUCGUUAACACCGAGGAAGCCUUGUUGAGGCCUCCCAGGGCUGGCACAGCUGCACUGCUGGUCCAGGAGUUGGGGAUGGGGCCAAGCAGCCUUGGCUGCAGCACCCUGUAUGGGCCGGGCGGGCUGAGCUGCAGGCAGGGUGCUGCUGCUGCCAGCAGUCCAGUGGCACUUUGAGGUUUGCCAUUAUAUCUUGUUAACUGUCAUCACAAGCAUCGUCCAGAACGUUUGGUGUUUGGUAUUUGAAUAGGAAUAGUACUGAUAAACCACCAUCUCGUUAGCUGUUGCCUGAGAAGUGCACCUAAAACUAUUGUAAAGAUUAAAAUAGAGGUCACAUGUAAGAGAUCUUAUGGGAACAGUGUUCAGGUACCAGAGUUGUUCUAAUAAAAACUGAAAUGCUUUUGCAAAUCCUCUGCCCAAGGUGUAACUUUUAAUAUUUACUAAUCAUGAUUUAUCAGAUGCUGAAAGAUGCUGCUGCAUCUCAUUUGUUUCCUAACUAUUAAAAAAAAAAAUAA